AUGAAGGAAGAGAGUGAGUACACCGAGGAGCAACUCAAACGGCCGGCCAUGACGUACGUUCACCUCCUGGACGACAUUCUGCGAGACAUCGGUACUGGUGACCUCCAAGAAAUCUAUGAGGCGUUGUGCAAGAAGUGGCCUUACUAUCGCUACCGGGCAGGUACCUCUGGCUGGCAGUCCAGCGUGCGCCACAACUUGCUGCAGAACGAUCACUUUCUGCGUAACGGCAAGAACGGCAAGAGUUCUAUGUGGAUCAUCAAC